AGACCAGUAUGACGACGAUGACGAUGACAAUAUGGACGAGGGGGAUGACGACUACGACAGAAACGACUCAACCUGCGGGACCUGAGAAGAACGACGACCCUGACUAACGGACGGGAGAUGACGUGGAGAUGACCAGAUGCUGUGGGUGUGGGCGGCCCUGGCGGUGUGGGUGACGACACUGGCCAGCACGGAGGCGAGGUCACCCAUCUCCCCCCACCACCACCACCACACCUUCGCCCACGCACGCAAACCACGACAGGCAGAUAGCGAUGAAGAUUUUGACGGCAUCACUAACGUAGGUGCUCGUCUGCCUUUACUGGACAGCCUCCUCGACUCACCUACUUCGGACGAGUCUGACACCUCAAGUGAAGAAUUUGUCACGGCUCUGGCGGACUCGGUGGCUCCCGGCCGGUUUUCGCCUCACCCUGCACCAGCGUUCACUCUCCUCCCUGCCGUCGGCCAGCCUGUAAUCCCGCCACUGACCACAGCUUGCACCGUUCGCCGUCCAACAUAUCGUCCCACACCACGCCCUACUCGACGUCCCACAUACCCCCCUACUCGACGUCCCAGAUACCGCCCUACUCCACGUCCCACAUACAGCUCUACUCGACGCCCUACUCAACGUCCUACUCGACGCCCUUAUCGACGUCAACGUCCUACGCAGAGUCCUGCACCCCAGAUUUCCACCAAGCCGCCUUACCCAGCUUUCCUUCCUACCGUACGCCCAGCUUCAUCCAAAACCAGCCAACGAGAUCAGUCCACAGUGGUUCCUGCCGUGGAGAUCAGUGGUCGACGAAGCUCUUCUCCUAAACCCAAGGUGUCAACGGGGUAUCAGUAUUCCACACCAGAGGGUACCACAAAGUUUUAUCCCACGGUGCCUCCAGACCAGAACAAACAACUAAGCUCCUCUCCCAAACCCAAGGGGUCCACGGGGUAUCAGUAUUCACCACCAGAGGGCGGCGUAAGUCUUUACCCCACGGUGCCUCCAGUUCUGGACAAACCAGUAAGCUCAUCCCCAAAGCCGAAAGUAUCCACGACGCCCAGCUAUGUCAUACCAGACGGGACCGUAAGCGUCUAUCCAUCUGCUCAGCUCGUCGUCUUCCCAUCCACUCCACCAGUAGUGCUUGGGUCCAACCAGGAAGCCACUUCUGCUGCUCCAAGUGAACUCAGGACCAACUACCCGAAUGCUAAGACAACCAAUCAUGAAACUCACCGACAAGAAAAGAAGCUCUCCUACCCUCAGACAGCUCCGAAUACAGCCAGUGUACAAACCCUUACCUCCAUCAGUCAACAGUAUUUACCUCCCAGUCAAAUAGCAAAUUCACCAAGGGCACUAACACCCAAACGUCAAGCUCCGAGAUCGUCCUACAUUCCACCACUUCAACAGUACCUCAUCCCAGAUUCAAUAGAAGAUCAAUUCUCGGAUUCUCAAGAAGUUCAGCUCCGAGGGGCACUACCAAUUCAGUUUCCAGUUGCUAGCAGAAGACAGUUGCAAAAUACCCAGUUUACCCAUCCUUCACAUAUUCCGGCAGUUCACAUCCCAGUCGCUCAACCAGUCCAGCUUAUAGCCACUCAACCAAGUCAGUUUCAAAUCUCUCAACCAGGCAAGUUUUCAGUUCCUCAGCCAGUACAGCUGACCAAAACCCAACCCAACCAGUUUGCCAUCGCUCAUCCAGCACAACACUCAGUCAGUCAACACGCUCAGUUCCCUGUCUCUCAAAUCACCCAGUUCACAGUUCCUCAGCGAUCCCAGUUCACUGUUCCUCAGUCGGCCCAGUUACCAGUAUUCCAGCCAGUCCCAUUCACAGUCGCCCAGCCAGCACAAUUGCCAGCUUCUCAGCCAGCACCAGUAUCCCAAGUCCAUAUCCGGCAGCCUGUCCAGUUUGUAGCCACUCAGCCAGCCCAGCUUCCAGUCACCCAACAAGUUUCGUUCCCUGCCGCCCAACCAGUACAGUUCCCAAUAAUACAACGAGCCCGUGACCAAGAUUCUGAGGAGGUCCAGUUUUCAGCCGCCCAACCCGUUCCGCUUACUGGUAGUCAGACUCCUCAGUCCUCUGGCACUCAACCCUCCCAUAGCCUUCUGGCAGUCGACGGGCCGGGUUCGGGGAGUGACGUGGGUGGAGCUGCCUUGAGGAACGCCAGAGUUACCUCAGACCACAUCUUGGGAUCGAUCCUGAACAACGCGGUAGAGUUUGACUCACCCAUGCUACAGCAGUCGCUUCUCCGGGACAUCAGUGUGUCUCUGGGCUCUCCUACGGUGAGUGAUUCUUCACUCAGCGUGAACAGGGAGUCAAGGGAGCGAGGGACCUCCUUCCUGGAUGAACGUGAAGCCCCAGCAAGCUCAUUCCUGGACAGACUUUUUGAAGACCCGGAAACAGCCAGGACCCCAGCGCCAAUUGCUGCCGCUCAACCCAAGACACAGCAGCCCCACGAUGCCCAGUUCACCGCCAACCUACAGACCCUCAUCAACACCCAGUCUCUGCUGAACGCCCACCUGCUCCUCAGCACUCAGUCACUGCUCAAGACUCGUUCAGUGAAGCCCGAGGAGUCACCCCUCCCUCCCCGCACUCCCCGACCAGAACACUCCACCGGCUGUGCCCAGGUUCAGCAGGUACAGUUCCCGGUUACUCAUCAAAUCCAGCUUCCACCCACACGACAAGCUCAGUUCUCUGGCACUCCUGUCCAGUUUCUAGCCGUUUCCAGUGCCCCAGCUGUGGUCAGGGUCCCAGCGCCAGCCCCUGCCGCCCAGGCUGCGGCCAACACCCAACAGUCGAGCAACGCUCAGUCUGUCGCCAACCUGAAGACACUCAUCGACACCCAAUCAUUGCUUAACGCUCAGCUGCUCCGCAAUACAGAGUCACUGCUCAAGGCUCAGUCAUCCCCCGACCAAGGAGGGUCAUCCGGCACCUCCACCCCCAGUCCCUCUGACAGCCGACACACCCACCAGUCACAGGAUACUCUCCUAGUCUCCAGGUCACAACACGCAGACCACUGA